GACAGUUGGAGCUUCAUCCCACGCGCAGCAUCUCUCGCCUCGCCCACCAGGCAUGACGUCACGCUCGCAGGGUUAUACAGUACUUCUUACUCUUCGUCGCAAAAGUUACAAAUACAGUGUGAUAACUUAUGAUCUUGGUGCGAAGAACAUAAAAAAAAUCAAAACUCGAUCAGUGAUUACAUGUCUAAGAUGGAUACUGGAUUAUAUGCAUAAAGGUAUAUUCGAUUUGAUUCAGGAUUUGAAAAGUGAUUCAUUUUCUAGGUAGAUAAGAUAUAUCUUCUAACGUUCGUUAUUAGAAUUACUCUUCCAUCACAUAUCCUUCCAUCUCUUUCAUUCCAUUUCACUCUAUAUACCAUCACUUCCUUACGAUAAACUGUAUCCAUGCCAAUCGCCGUCUAAGUUUUAAGGCCACACAGUACACCAUCCACCGCGAUCUGACUUCAUCUAAAAUGCACCUCGACGCCAUGGCCUUCAACGUGGGCGUAUUUUAGGGCCACCAUCUCCAGAAAUGCCAAGACAAGAGCGAUCGUGUCCUGCAACGUUUUCUCGCGGGCCGGACCAGCCCAGCACUCAGUGUCGUGGGAUUCGCCAUUCAGUGCACAUGGAGGGAGUCAGUCAUCAAGGUAUGCAGUGGGAGUGUGGGCGAGGGGGGGCAGGCCGGGACCAGGUGCCCAGCAAGGACAGGUGGGGAGUGGUGGGGGUCGCCGCCGCCCCCCAUCAGGGCGGCUUCAUCCCGGGAAGUCUCCAGGCGGGGAGCUGCCUCAUCACCUGCGAGGGAAACACGGUGGUCAAGCCCGACUUCUACACACUGAACCCCGGAGGCAAUGACUUGGUAUGGGCGGCCGCAGCCGAGGGGAAGGUGCCCUUGGGUGCCGUGCAGGGGGGAGUCUCGGAGUCAGGAGAAGACCUCUACAUCGGCAGGUGUAAGGUCGAUGGCAAAAAAUUGUAUGGGAAGGUACAGCCAAGUCAGCAAGGUUGUCUGGUGCCACUUGCUGGGGGAGAGGCAAACAGCAGCUCCUACGAAGUGUUGUGUGCGAGAACGGUCCUCACAAACUUCAAAUCAUUCAUAAACGCCGCCCGACGAGUCAGUUCCCCCGGCAGCAGCGUCGUGACCCGCCUCUCGUCCCUCGCGCCCAUCUCGCCCAUCACGCCCAUCACGCCCACCAAGAGACGGCCGCUGCGAGGGUCGGGCGACUCGUGGCGGAGGCUCGCGACGCCCAACAGCAGCAGCAACAUCCUGCAGUUGUCGGGCUGUCUCAAGAGCGCCGUCACGCGCACCACAAGCACAGUCAAGUCGCGGAAGCUCAGCGGCCCGUUUCCCAGCUCGCCAAGCAGCCCGCGCGCGCCCACGUCACGCACAGCCAGCCCCGGCGACCUGGCCUUCGUCACGCCCAAAUCUCGUGUGGGUAGUCCUCGCACGCCCACCAGCCACUCGCCCACCGCCCGCGCGCCCACCGGCCACUCGCCCACCGCCCGCGCGCCCACCAGCCGCUCACCCACCGCCCGCGCGCCCACUAGCCGCUCCCCCGCCUCCCCCACGCCGCCCAAACCCCGCAUUCUGAAACGCGUGUCGCCCGUGGAGGACUUCUCGCCCGGCAACUGGGUGAGGCGGCGGGGGAGGGGCGUGUGCCGCCUACGCCGGUGUUGAAAGGCGGGCGCCCACGCCUUAGGGGGACGGGGGCGCGCCACCCUGUUGUGAUUGUAUAAUAAAAAUAACUAACCUGU